GCAGCGCGGGAGGAGGCGGGGGAGGAGAGGACCCCGAGUCGGCUAGUGGCAGUUGGGGAGGGGGCCGCGGAGCCGGAGCGCGAGCCAAACAGCUGAUCUGAUUUUUCUUUAAAGCAAGAGAAAAUGGAAGUCGGGUAGAGGCGACUGCGGCGCUGCGGGCUGGCCGAGCGGAGCGGCGCGGCAGCAGCUGUGUGUCCCGCCAGCCUCCAAGGCCAAUUCAACACCCAAAGAGGGUGAAGAGAGGGCAGAGGCUGCAGACCUAACUUGUGCAGCACACCAAGUUCUGGAGCAGCAUUCCAUCAUUAUUAUGUAGUUCCCAGGGACUGUGGUCUCAUACCAUCUACUGGGGCAGCCAUGGGCCCUUCGCAGCAGGCUGCCUGACUGCCGCACACCUCCAGAGAAUCGCAGUGUCUGAAAAGUGGAAGUGACACAAGACGAGACCCUCCUGGCUGAGGCUCUGGUACAUGAGAGGAGGAAGAAGACGAUCUCCUAAUUGGUACCAUAUACAUCAGAUGGAUGGUUUCUAGCCUGCUUCCAAACCCCACCUCGGCUGAGUGUUGGGCAGCCCUUCUACAUGAUCAUAUGACUCUUGAUAUGGACGCAGUCCUGUCAGACUUUGUUCGGUCCACGGGGGCAGAACCUGGUCUGGCCAGAGACCUGCUGGAAGGCAAAAACUGGGACCUGACAGCUGCUCUGAGUGACUAUGAACAACUCCGACAGGUACACACAGCGAACCUGCCGCAUGUGUUCAAUGAGGGCAGGUGCCCCAAGCAGCCAGAGCGAGAGCAGCCCCAACCGGGGCCCAAGGUGGAGCGGCCCUGCCUGCAGAGGCAAGACGACAUUGCCCAAGAAAAGCGACUUUCCCGGGGGAUUUCCCACGCCAGCUCAGCCAUUGUCUCCCUGGCCCGGUCCCACGUGGCGAGUGAGUGCAGCAACGAGCAGUUUCCCCUGGAGAUGCCCAUCUACACGUUCCAGCUGCCAGAUCUGAGCGUGUACAGUGAAGACUUCCGGAGCUUCAUCGAGCGGGACUUGAUCGAGCAGGCGACCAUGGUAGCUUUGGAGCAGGCAGGUCGCCUGAACUGGUGGUCCACUGUAUGCACAAGCUGUAAACGGCUUCUUCCUUUGGCCACAACAGGGGAUGGGAACUGCCUUUUACACGCCGCCUCAUUGGGCAUGUGGGGGUUUCACGACCGGGACCUGGUUUUGCGGAAAGCCCUGUACAGCAUGAUGCGGACGGGGGCUGAGAGGGAGGCCCUGAAGCGGAGGUGGAGGUGGCAGCAAACGCAGCAGAACAAAGAGUCAGGGCUGGUGUACACCGAGGAGGAGUGGGAGCGGGAAUGGACAGAGCUGCUGAAACUGGCGUCCAGUGAGCCACGCACACACUUCAGCAAGAACGGCGGCACAGGCGGGGGCGUGGACAACGCUGAGGACCCUGUGUACGAGAGUCUAGAAGAAUUCCAUGUCUUUGUCCUAGCCCACAUCUUAAGAAGACCUAUCGUUGUCGUAGCAGAUACGAUGUUGAGGGACUCAGGAGGAGAAGCGUUUGCUCCGAUCCCAUUCGGAGGGAUUUACUUGCCCUUGGAGGUGCCUCCCAACAGAUGCCACUGCUCGCCUCUGGUUCUGGCCUACGAUCAAGCCCAUUUCUCUGCCCUCGUGUCCAUGGAGCAGAGAGAUCAGCAAAGAGAACAAGCUGUGAUCCCUCUGACGGAUUCGGAGCACAAGUUGCUGCCUCUGCACUUUGCGGUGGACCCCGGGAAAGAUUGGGAGUGGGGGAAAGACGACAACGAUAACGCCCGGCUGGCCCACCUGAUCCUGUCGCUAGAAGCCAAGCUGAACCUCCUGCACAGCUAUAUGAAUGUGACGUGGAUCCGGAUCCCCUCCGAGACCCGGGCUCCUCUGGCGCAGCCGGAAUCCCCAACGGCCUCCGCGGGGGAGGAUGUGCAGUCCCUGGCCGACUCCUUGGACUCGGACCGCGACUCGGUGUGCAGCAAUUCCAACAGCAAUAAUGGGAAGAACGGCAAGGACAAGGACAAGGACAAGGAGAAGCAGCGCAAGGAGAAGGAUAAGACCCGUGCGGACUCCGUGGCCAACAAGCUGGGCAGCUUAAGCAAGACGCUGGGCAUAAAACUGAAGAAAAACAUGGGCGGCCUGGGCGGCCUGGUGCACGGCAAGAUGGGCCGCGCAAACUCCGCCAACGGCAAGAACGGCGACGCGCCGGAGCGCGGCAAGGAGAAGAAGUCAAAGUCGCGCAAGGGCAGCAAGGAGGAGUCGGGCGCGUCGGCGAGCACGUCGCCGUCGGAGAAGACCACGCCAUCGCCCACGGACAAGGCGGCGGGGGCGUCGCCUGCCGACAAGGGUGGCGGGCAGCGGGGCGACGCGUGGAAGUACAGCACGGACGUGAAGCUGAGCCUCAACAUCCUGCGCGCCGCCAUGCAGGGCGAGCGCAAAUUCAUCUUCGCCGGCCUCCUGCUCACCAGCCACCGGCACCAGUUCCACGAGGAGAUGAUCGGCUACUACUUGACCAGCGCGCAGGAGCGCUUCAGCGCCGAGCAGGAGCAGAGGCGCCGCGACGCCGCUGCUGCCGCGGCCGCCGCCAAGCGGCCGCCGCGCAGGCCAGAGGCCGAGGGCACGCCGGGCUCGGAACGCGCCUCGCCGGGCCCGCCGGCCGGGCCGCCCACGCAGCUGGUGCUCAAGCUCAAGGAGCGCCCGAGCCCCGGGCCGGCAGCGGGCGCGCGGGCGGCGCGGGCGGCGGCGGGCGGCGCGGCCUCCCCAGGCCCGGCCGGCGGCGCCCGGCGUGCUGGCGCCAGCGGACCGGUCCCUGGCCGCAGCCCGCCGGCGCCGGCGCGCCAGAGCGUCAUCCACGUGCAGGCGGCGGGCGCGCGGGACGAUGCGUGCACGCCGGCCGUGGGCGCGCUGCGGCCGUGCGCCACGUACCCGCAGCAGAACCGCUCCCUGUCGUCGCAGAGCUACAGCCCGGCGCGCGCCGCCGCGCUGCGCACCGUCAACACGGUGGAGUCGCUGGCGCGCGCUGUCCCGGGCCCCCUGCCCGGCGCGCCGGGCGCGGCGGGCGCGGCCGAGCACAAGUCGCAGACCUACACCAACGGCUUCGGCGCCGCGCGCGACGGCCUGGAGUUCGCCGACGCCGACGCGCCGGCCGCCCGCUCGAACGGUGAGUGCGGCCGCGGCGGCCCGGGGCCGACGCAGCGGCGCUGCCAGCGCGAGAACUGCGCGUUCUAUGGACGCGCCGAGACCGAGCACUACUGCUCGUACUGCUACCGAGAGGAGCUGCGGCGGCGGCGCGAGGCUCGCGGGGCCCGGCCCUGAGGCGGGCGCGGCCAGCUUUUACCAUAGGGAUUUCUUUUCCAUUCUGUCGGUGUCUUUUUUACAUGCCCUGGUCAACCGAAAGGCCGGCGACUCCUUUGUCAGUGCUGUGUACGUGUUUGGUCAAACGUUCCUAAUGGUGCCUGAACCUACACUGACGCCACUCAGGUAGUAGACGGAUAGGAAACAAGUCAUACUGUUGGAAGUGGGUGUGCUAGCUAGCAUCUGCCUCGUACCUGUGGAAACUCAAUAGCCAUUGCAAGAGUAUUUUUGUUCCUCAAUAAGAGAAAUAAAUAAAUUUGCAGCCCUUUGUUUUUAGAAGGGAGUGUUUUACAUGCUUUUUUUGUUUUUUUGCUUUUUUUCCUAACCUACGAUUGACCUCUUCCACGGAGCGGUCACAUGGUCACAUGUGUGCAGUCGGUACCACCCAGGGUUUAGAAGCAAACACGCAGCCCGGGACUGCGGUGGCGGCUCUGCAGCGGGCUCCCACCUGCUGCCGCUCCUGGGGCCUUGGAGGAGAGUAGGCGCGUUGUCACCCGCCGACGCUCUGGUGGUCACUGUGGCGCUUUAGGAACAUACGGCUCCAUCUCAUAGGCAAAACCUCCCACAGCCCCCGGCCCGAGCAACAUCCACACUGCCAUCAAAGCUGCAGGCGCCUGUAGGAUGGGCACCGGACAACCUACCUCACAGGCGUGGUGAGGUGUAGUGAUGGCUCCAGGUGCCAGGCAGCUCAGGUGACAGGAGCUUUCCAAAGACACCUUGGGUCCAAAAAGCAAGGUUCUGAACUCACUAUUUAGAGUGGCCCAUGUAUGAGCAACAAUGACAGCCUGCUCACAUUUCUCCUUUGAAGAUACUUCCACAGUGAACUGUCGCCAGAGGGCCCCUAGGAAGUGAUCAUCAGUGCCCCCAAGAGAGGCGGGGAAUUGACCCUUUAGUCGCUGUGUAAGCCCCCAUUAGGCUGCUUUGAACCCCGGCCUGUGCCUCUUUCCAACGGGAAGGGGCUGACAGACGCCGGGAAAGAAACCCAUCCCCACCUACACCUGCAUCUGUCUGGGUUCAGCCAGGUAAAGGAGCUCCACUCCCACUGGGGUCCCUUCUGCAGGGCAGGGAUGACCCUGCCUUUGGCUCCAUACACAUUGAGGGGGCAGCUCCUACCCUGAGUGGUCCCUUUUUUGGUGCCUCCUACAUUUCUUGAGGAAAAAAAAAAAUGUGUCCUUAGCUACCCUGUUUUGAGCAGCAA